AUGCAGGUGCACUACGUCACGCAGGAUGAGCCGAACUUCCCAAAGUUGUUGAAGGAGGCUUAUGAAGAAGCUUUGGAGAAGAAGAAGGUCGAUGACUACCCAGCGCUCUCGCAUGAACGAAUUGCCAAGGCAGCCUGGCAGUUUGAAAAUGCGAUCUUCCACACUGAGUGGGCAAGGUAUCCCGAGGACACUGCUGCGGCGCGGCAGCAGCACUUCAAGGUGAUGCGCCACAACAAGCUCUACUACAAGGCCAUUGUCGCGCUGGUCAUCCUGACGUUUUGCGAAGUGCCACCCUGGUGCCACGAGCGAUCACCAACGCAGGACAUUUGGAGCUGGGUUCCGCCUGGGGAGUGGUGCCACGUGCCCAACGGUGGCAACCCGUAUCUGUCGAACAUCUGGUACAUACCACCUGGCGUUGGGCUCAUCAUCGAGCUUGUGAUCGAGAUCAUCAUCCUUCGGAAGUUUCUGCUGAACUUAAACCUGGACCAGCAGCACUUCCGGGCGAUUGGCACGCAGUACUUCGACCACAGUUUGGUUGUCGCGGGCUUGCUGAUGGCCGUCGGUAGCAUGCUCGACACGCUCGUCUUCACCUUCGCUCGGAUGCCUAUUCGAUUCACCUGGAUUUUCAGGACGGGCCUUCUCUUCAUACUGCCGGGUGUGCAGCGAGUCUACACCCUCAUUUUCAACAAGCGGAUGAUCGGAGAGUUCGCGUCAGUUGCAGUUUUCUUCGUUGGUACGGUGAUGUUCUUCGCAUGGGUUACGGUCAUCAUCUUCAAGGACUUGAACGCCCCCGCAUUCAAGGAAGACGAGGAGAUCGUCCCUGCCAACAAGGGCUUAUCAACACUGAGGGAGGCCACCUACUCCUUGUUCGUUGCCGGCAUUGGCGAAGGCUUCGUGAGCAACUUCCUGCCGUCCUUCUUCACCUACCGACUUUCAGGCGUCUUCUGGCUGAUCUUCCUGGUGAUCGGUCAGAUCUUGCUGCUCAAUCUAGUCAUCGACGCUUUCGUGGCGGCGUACCUGAAAGGCUCAGAAGAGGAGUUGGACAGGAAAGCCUCAGCGGAGGCGCAAAGUAUGCACGGUGCUUUCAAGACUCUCUCAGCUGCCUCCAGCGACCAUCGAGUAGUUCCAGAGGAGACCUUCCUCGAGUUUGUGGAGGAUUUGGGCAAAUCUCCCCGCAUGUUCCCAAUCGCGCGAGAAACGGCAGAGCUGUUGCUCGAGCACUUUGGCGACGUCACCGAGGAGAAGUUCCUGGACGCUUGCCGAGUCUUUCAGAACCCAGUCUGGGCGACUCCCAAGGACUCGUUCAUAAAGCACUGCGCGCCCGGGAUGUGGAACCAGGACUGGUUUGUAUCCCUGAGGCACAAAGUUUGGGAGCCCAAAGAGCUCCCGGCCUUCGACGUCUUCAUGAACAAUGUGCUCCUUGCCAACCUGGUACUUGUGCUGCUUCAGUCGGCUUACAACCUCAACGAUUGGGGCCCCCAGCCAGAUGCUUUCCGAAUCCUGGACCUCAUCUUUGCAUUUGCCUACGUUGGUGAGGUCAUCAUCAAGCUGUCUGUCAAGUCCUGGGCCGAGUACUGCAGCUUUUGGGCCAACAAGUUUGACUUUUUCACAACUUGGCUGCUGUUAGCGACGACCGUGCUUCCUUAUUUGCCGUUUGCGACGGUGCAGGCAGACCUGAAGCAUUAUGCCAAUAUCCUCCGGCUCCUCAGACUCAUUCGCGUGGUCAAGCAGCUGAAGCAGUUCCCACGAGUGCAGUUCAUGGUGCGCACGAUCUCGCGCAUGGUGAAUGCAGCUGGUGAUAUUCUUCAGCUCUUGGGCGUUUUGCUCUUCUUCUUCUCCGCGCUUAGCAUGAAUCUGUGGGGCGGAGUCCUGUACGAAGGUCAGCCAGCUCUGAAGGAGCUCGAUUAUGGAAAGAAACAUCUGUAUGUGUUCAAUUUCAACGACAUGUCCAUGGCCUUCACCACCUUCUUCGCGCAGCUUCUUAGUGAGUACGUCCCAGAGAAUGCGGAUGCCCUUCAGGCGGCCUCAUCCUGGGGGGACGUUGCUUGGUACGUCUUCCCGGCCUUCUAUCUCCUCGGCGUGGCGAUCAUCUUCGAAAUCACCAAGGCCUUUACGAUUGAGUACUACCUGGCCAUCAAGGAGGAAGCCGAGGAUGAGGAGGAGAACGAGGAGGAAGAGAAGCCCAGUCAGGUCCGUGAGGAGCUCGAGGCACAGCUCCGGGUCAUGGACAAGUUACAGUCGACCCUGGAGGAAAGGAGACUAGACCUUCACUAUACCAUGAAGAACGACUCGUUCAAGUUUCAGCAUGCCCUGCAGAAGGCCUAUGAUAAAUGCUUGGGGCCAAGCCGGCCACCAACCCCACCGCCGAAUGGUCACCACCAUUGA